UCCUUUCGUUUUUUUUUUUCAAAUAAUCUAAGAACUCGGCUUUUAUAGCUUACAAAAAGUACAGAUCUCACCUUGUGAACUCAUGCUCGACAAGGUGGCGCAACACUGCUACCACGAUCUUCUCCUCCCAUCGAUCUCCUCUGUUUGUCUGUGUAUUUCGAAGUAUUGAAGACGUUUAGGGCGUUUAUGAAUUGAUGGGAAUUCUUUGAUUUUGGUGUCGAAGCUAUGACACCAAGUUUGCACAUACUUUAUUGGAUAAUAUGUUGGGGAAUUUUGGGGGAAAGGGAAUGGGGAGGACUUGAAAACAAGUCUAGUAAGAACCCUAUGUGAGGAGCUACCACUUGCUCUACUCAGGUUCUUAAUUUAGUUCAAUUUAUUUCAAGUUUUUUUCGGUGCAUUUUAAUUUUAGUUUGUCUUUAUGCUUAGUUGACGAAAAGUAAGCACUUGGUCAAUGCCUUUAGAUAAGGUAGCAAAAGUCUAGGAAAAGCUGGUUUUGUUCACAUGUUCGCUACCUUUUGCUUUUGUCUGUUAUACCAGACUUGUACAUAUUUCAAGCUUCAAUGAAAGAGGUCAGUUGUUCUACUACCCAUUUUCUUUGAUGUUGAAGCUCUUACAAAUUAAAUAUGGAGACUCAAAACAUGAAGUCCAACCAGCAGACCUGUGGUGCUGUGUUCCUGCAUCAGAGGUCAUGUUGCUUUGACAGAACAAUCAAUUUACUGCAGCCAAGAUCCUGGAAGUUUUUGUGGCCUUCAACCGCUUUGGCAAGGACUUAUUGAGAAGAUUACUAAGCUAAGAAAAAGAAGGUAAAUCUCCUAUUCCCAACAUGCCCUACAAAGUGAAUGAUAAAUUGAUUUGCAGUUGCAGGUGAUGUUGCUUGGGUGAAAAUGAUCAAUUCACUGUAGACAAUACCAUGAAAGUUAAUUACAGAAGACUUCAGCAGUUUUGGGGAUAUGGACUUACAUAUUGAGAGAUGCCAAGGUAAGGCAAGAACUGAUAGCCCUUAUUCAACAUAUUAUGUUAAGUUAAUCAUGUUUUUAAUUUUUUGGUCUCAUAAAAAUAAACUAGUGCCUUUACUUUUUGCAUGCCCUUAGUUUUUCCCAGAUGCAUAUGCCAAAACUACCGGUCCAUUAAAUUUAACUCCCUUCC